AUGAGGGGAAAGCCAAAUCCUCGGCCUGGUCCCCGCCUUUCAACAAUGUAUACGGUUUGUUUGGUUUGUGCUUCCUGCAUAAAGUCUCAAUGUAGACAUAUUUCAGGAAAGAGAGAUCCUCGCUCUGCAACACUUUUUGCCAUACCAGCACCUGAGGCCAAUUUUGAGGGGAAAAUAAAGGUGAAAUUAGUUCUCAUCCUCUGCCUGCCAGAGAAUUCUUAUGUUUCAUUACCUUUGAAAGAAAAUCAGCCUGACGAAGUCCCUGAUGACAGUAUUGAAGAAAUGAAGAAGAUAUCACAGAUUUUACCCUCUUCUGAAUCAAAUAUCAUCCAAGGGCUCAAUAUGAAGAAAACGUGGUUGACAUGCCCUGAGAAGAAAGUCACAAGUCAGCAGCCCCAGGCUAUUGACUGGCUACUUUAUGUUAAAAAAAACAGUAGUACUCUGCUACAAUCCGAGAACCCAAACCCUUCUACUUCUUCCUCCUCCUCYUCCUCCUCCUCCUCUGCCUCCUCUUCUCCAUCCUCUUCCUCUUUUGCCUUACCCUCCUUACUCCCUUCUUUAAAAGACUCUGCUCCAUCUGCCCUCUCAGGCUGUGUAGUCACCAAGGUCCUUAGCUACCACCGUUUGCCUCCAGGGGUCUCCUGGCUUGAGUUUAUAUGCAAUAAAGAUCACCAACCACUUCCUGAAAGAUCAAAUAAAAGUCAGUCACCACCUCCCAAAACAAAGUCUGUGAGGAAUCCAACCAUCAGGAAAGCAACAAAGGGAUCAAAUGCACUGCUCAAAUUUUUCCAAAGCGUCCAAACAAAAAAUUCUGAUUAA